AUGAAUUUGGCUCGCAAUGUUCUACGUAAUAUUGCUUAUUUACCACAGCAUAUUCGACCAGUGACAUCAGCAGCUAUUGCAUUAAAAGUAAAAGAUGAAGUGAAACGCAAACGUGAACUUGCUCUAUUAGGUGGAGGUGUUAAGCGUAUUGAGAAACAACAUCAGAAAGGAAAACUGACGGCUCGUGAACGUCUUGAAGUGCUACUUGAUCCAAGAUCAUUUUCAGAAUAUGAUAUGUUUAUUGAACAUCGUUGCAAUGAUUUUGGUAUGGAUAAGGAAAAAUAUUAUGGCGAUUCUGUUAUAACUGGCUCUGGACUUAUUAAUGGUCGUCCUGUUUAUGUAUUUAGUCAAGAUUUUACCGUAUUCGGUGGGAGUCUAUCAAGUGUUCACGCACAAAAGAUAUGUAAAAUAAUGGAUCAAGCGAUGUUAGUAGGGGCACCUGUCAUUGGACUGAAUGACAGUGGUGGCGCACGAAUUCAAGAAGGUGUUGACUCAUUGGCGGGUUAUGCUGAUAUAUUUCAAAGAAAUGUACUGGCCAGUGGAGUUAUACCUCAAUUAUCACUAAUUAUGGGACCUUGUGCAGGUGGAGCCGUUUAUUCGCCAGCAUUGACUGAUUUUAUUUUUAUGGUACGCCAAUCAAGUUAUUUAUUUAUUACUGGACCGGAUGUUGUUCAGUCUGUCACAAACGAAAGUGUCACACAAGAAGAGUUGGGUGGAGCUAAUUCACAUAUGACAAAAUCAGGUGUUGCUCAUUUUGCUUACGAUAAUGAUAUUGACACGUUAUUAAGAACAAGAGAAUUAUUUAAUUUUUUACCAUUGUCAAAUAAAGAUCCAACACCAAUUCGAGAAUGUGACGAUAGCCCAAAUCGAUUAGUGCAUGCUCUCGAUACCGUUAUACCAUUAGAGACAACAACUGCCUACGAUAUGAAAGAAGUUGUUCAUGCAAUCGUUGAUGAACACGAUUUUUUUGAAGUAAUGCCAGAUUGGGCGAAAAAUAUAAUUGUUGUAGGUAUUGUUGCAAAUCAACCUAAAUCAAUGGCUGGAUGUUUGGAUAUAAAUGCAUCAGUGAAAGCAGCGCGUUUUGUUCGAUUCUGUGAUGCCUUUAAUAUUCCAUUAUUAACGUUUGUUGAUGUACCCGGUUUUCUACCGGGCACUUCUCAAGAACAUAAUGGUAUCAUAAGACAUGGAGCAAAACUAUUGUAUGCCUUUGCCGAAGCCACUGUACCAAAGAUAACCAUAAUAACACGAAAAGCCUAUGGUGGAGCAUAUGAUGUGAUGAGUUCUAAACAUUUACGAGGAGAUAUGAAUUACGCGUGGCCAACAGCUGAAGUUGCAGUCAUGGGUGCUCAGGGUGCUGUGAAGAUUAUAUUUCGUGAGGGAAAAAAUGUAAAAGAUAAAGAACUUGAAUAUAUUGAUAAAUUUGCAAAUCCAUUUCCAGCUGCUGUUCGUGGUUUUGUUGACGAUAUUAUCGAACCAAAUCAGACACGUAAAAGAAUCUGUCGUGAUUUGAAUUUAUUAGCCGGUAAACAUUUGGUUAAUCCACGAAAGAAACAUGCGAAUAUGCCGUUAUAG